UUCGCAAUGAAAUGGGUGUGAGGUAAAAAAGAAAAAAAAAGAAAAGAAAAGAAAAAAAGCAUCCAGAGCUACAGUCUUGCAGAUCACACUUAGUUCUAACGCAACACUGAUAGACACAGUGAUUCAUGCUUUUAGAAUUUGUAUAUGUUUACUGAAGAAACAAAUUCAUUUGCAGAGCAUUAUUUGGACUCUUUUUAAUCAACGUUUGUGCAUUAGUCAGUCAAUAGAAAAGAUGACAACUCAAAGCGGGAUUUUGAUUAAAGGAGGGAAGGUGGUAAAUGAGGAUUUCUCGGAGAUGGCAGACGUGUUUAUUGAAGAUGGAGUUAUCAGUGAAGUUGGCUCAGAUCUGCAGGUAGCAGCCGGCACACGGGUCAUCGAUGCCACAGACAGACUCGUGCUGCCGGGUGGAAUAGACACUCACACACACAUGGAGCUGUCAUUCAUGGGCACCACAGCUGUGGAUGACUUUCAUACCGGUACCAAGGCCGCAGUCGCAGGAGGCACGACCAUGAUCAUGGACUUUGUCAUCCCACAGAAAGGGUGUUCACUCGUGGAAGCCUAUGAGCGGUGGAGAAUAACGGCUGACCCCAAAGUCUGCUGUGAUUACUCCCUUCAUAUGGCAGUAACCUGGUGGGAUGACACUGUCAAGAAGGAAAUGGAGACUCUUGUUCGCGACAAAGGUGUCAACUCUUUUAAGAUGUUCAUGGCAUACAAAGAUGUCUUCAUGCUGCGUGACAAUGAGCUCUAUGCCGUAUUUGCCCAGUGUAAAGAGAUCGGAGCAAUAGCUCAAGUCCAUGCAGAGAAUGGCGACCUUAUUGCAGAGGGUGCAAAGCGUAUGCUCUCUCUGGGCAUCACGGGUCCUGAGGGCCAUGAGAUGUGUCGUCCGGAGGAAGUGGAGGCCGAGGCCACACAACGCGCCAUCACUAUCGCCCAUGCUGCUAACUGCCCGCUCUAUGUAGUGCACGUCAUGAGCAAAUCUGCAGCGAAGGUGGUGGCUAAUGCUCGCAGGAAUGGUCGAGUGGUGUUUGGAGAGCCCAUUGCAGCUGGACUGGGCACAGACGGCACAAACUAUUGGCAUAAGGAUUGGACUCAUGCUGCUGGUUUUGUCAUGGGCCCACCUUUGAGACCAGACUCCAGUACCCCUGGAUAUCUGAUGGACCUUCUGGCCAAUGAUGAUCUAAGCGUGACAGGGACAGAUAACUGCACAUUCUCAGUGUGCCAGAAAGCCCUUGGGAAAGACGACUUCACCAAAAUCCCAAACGGAGUCAAUGGUGUUGAAGAUAGGAUGUCUGUUAUAUGGGAAAAGGGAGUGCACAGCGGAAAAAUGGACGAAAACCGGUUUGUAGCUGUCACCAGUACUAACGCAGCAAAAAUCUUCAACUUUUAUCCUCGAAAAGGGAGAAUUGCUAAAGGCUCUGAUGCAGACCUGGUCAUAUGGGACCCAAAAGCCACCAGGGUGAUUUCAGCAAAGACUCACCACCAGGCUGUGGACUACAACAUUUUUGAGGGAAUGCUAUGUCAUGGGCUUCCAGUGGUCACAAUCUCCAGGGGGAAGGUGGUUUAUGAAAACGGGCAACUGUUCACAAAACCGGGAAUGGGACAAUACAUCCCACGGAAACCCUUUUCUGAAUUUGUGUAUAAAAGAAUUAAUCAGCGGGAACAGGUUGCAAAGCCCUGUGCUGUGCGCAGGGAACCAUACACUGGAGAAAUAAUAUCCAUAGCCCCGAAAAGAUCCUGAAUCAUGGAAGAAACAUGGUUUAUACGGAUGUUUUAUAAGAUGAAUUUGCAGUAUACUAAAACAAAGACUCCAGUUAUAACCAAAAAAGGGCUUUGCCAUAGAAGAAACAUUUCAAGCUUCACAAAGAACUUUUUAGUUCUGUGAAGAACCCAGAAACCACUGCACUGCUCUGAAGAACCCAAAAAUCUGUACACUCAACUCAAGAACCGUCUACAGUGAAAAAAAUGGUGCUGCAAGGAAUGACGGAAGAACCAUUUAUGCAUUAGUGAUAAACAAUGAUCAAUUCUGAUAUAUAUUUUGUGUUUUGAAUCACCCCCCAAAAAUGCCAAAGAGUAUUGUCAAAAACAUUUAUUUUUAGCUACAAAAUGUUUUAAUACAUUUUUAUAUGAUCAGACUCUGAGAAGACAUUAAUUUUUUCAUGAUAAAAACGACUUUUAUUCAGCUAGGAUGCAGUAAAUUGAUAAAAAGUGACACGAAAGACAUAUGUAAUAUAUUACAAAAGAUAUAUAUUUCAAAUAAAUGCUAUAUACAUAUAUACAAAUAUGUACAAGUAAGUAUUAACUGUUUACACCAUUGCUCAUAAGAAAUGUUUCUUGAAAAUUCAACUUUACUAUCAAAGGAAUAAAUUCUGUAAAAUAUAUUAAAAUAGAAAAGAGUUAUUUUAAAUUGUAAUAAUAUUUCACAAUAGUAUUGUUUUUAGUGUAUAUGUGAUCAAAUAAAUAGAGCCUUGGUGAGCAGAAGGUCUUUCAAAAUCAUUAAAAAAAUCUUACCAACCUUAAACACU